AUGUUAUCAAGAUCCCAUGGGUUAUCAAAAUCAGGUUUCUGUGCAUCAUUGGUUUCAUUUAAGGCUAGGUUGGGCAUGUUUUCAGUUAAGGCUGGAUCGGGCAUGUUUUCAGUUAAGGCUGGAUCGGGCAUGUUUUCAGUUAAGGCUGGAUCGGGCAUGUUUUCAGUUAAGGCUGGAUCGGGCAUGUUUUCAGGCAGAGGUUCUUGA